UUCAAUUUAACGCUGCCAUUUUCGUUUUGUGGCACGGUUAUGCGGUGGUCUGUGUAUAAUUUUACUUCAAUAACUAACAGUAAUUUCCCUUUGAAGUGUUUUGAGAGUUUUGUAUCGUGCUAUCUUGUCUGUGAAAUUCAUAAGUGACUCUAUAAAGUGUGUUUAUUUGCCUCACAAAACGUUGAUUUCCUUGGGUGGAGAAGUGAUGUGUGCGAGGUAGCUGGCUGGUGGAGGCGAUGCCGCUGCCGAAGCGAUUGGUGGAGCCGGUGCACGUGUCCCGAGGCACCGUGCCCGAGCGCCUCGCAGUCCCGUCCGAGCUCGAGGCGGUCACCAACGGGACCCUCGCUAAUACUGUCAGACAACUAUCAUCACUGUCGAAACAUGCGGAGGAUAUGUUCGGCGAGCUGACUCGAGAGGCGACGGGGCUAGCGGAGAGAACUAAUGUGCUGCAAGCGAGGAUAGAUAGGCUGGCGAUUAAAGUCACGCAGUUGGACUCUGGAGUUGAAGAAGUGUCGCUCCAAGACAUCCAAAUGCGCAAGGCUUUCCGCUCGUCGCGAACGUUCCAGCAACAAUUGUUCUCCAGAAACACUAUGCCCACCGCCAUGCAAGCGACCUACACUAAAUGCGACCGCCCGCCGCCAUUGGAGAGGCUCAACGAGUUCAGGGACGACGGCCGGGACGCGAGGAAGUUCUACACUGACCCGGACUACUUCUUCGAGCUGUGGCGUAGGGAGAUGCUGCAGGACACUGAGAGGAUUCAGCAUGAUCGGGGGAAGAAGGUGCGUCCAGCCAGAAGCGGCAGCGGCGCAGACGGCCGCGGCACACGCAGAGUGCGGGCGUUGACCUCGACCAGAGAGAAGCAGAAGGCGGCCGCAGUGACCAGAGGGGAACACAUCAUGGCACCCGCGCAGCUCAGACAUUACAACAUCGACCAGUACCGCGACCCGGUCUAUCAGACGACGACGGUGACAGACGGCGGCUACAGGGCUUCACAGCCGAGGCCGGCGUCGCAGCAAGUCAGACCGAACUCCAUAGAGAUCGACGUGCGGAGUCCGCAGAGGGUUGCUGGCAACGGACAUGUGGUGCAAGAAGAGAGUCCAUACGGGUCGGUGGGCGAGCCCACGUACGGCAGCGGCAGCGGCGCCGGCACCCCCCGCCGCCCGCGGCCCUCCGUCCCGCCCCCCGCCCCGCCCGCCGACUCGCCUCGCGCCGUCUCCACGCCCGCCAGAUCGACGCUGCCCCCUCCCCCUCCCCCGCCGGGCGGCUCCCCCCCGCCGCUGGUCAACGGCGCCUCCCCCCCGCACCGCACCGCGCUCGAUGCGCACCUCGAUCAUAUGCAUGCGGUUAUUGGCAUGAUGUCAUCGGAGGAGAGCGGGGCGUGCUCCCCGCCGCCGCCGCCGCCGGCGCCCCCCGCGCCCCCGUCCCCGCCCCCGGCGGCGGCGGAGGCGGAGGCGCGGCCGCGGCCGCCGUCCCCGGGCGCGCUGCUGCGCGGGGCGUCCAACCUGAAGCCGCCGCGGCCCGCCGCCGAGCCCCAGCCCGACCCCAGGUCGGAUCUGCUCAAGGCCAUCAGAGAUGGCAUAAAACUGCGCAAGGUGGAGAAGCGCUGCUUGGAGACCGGCGGGCGCUACGACACACUGCGCAGCGCGCCCGGACUGCACGAUGUAGCUUCCAUCCUCGCGCGGCGCGUGGCUGUGGAGCUCAGCGACUCCAGCUCCGCCGCCGACUCCGACUCCGACGACGAGGACCAGUGGACCGAGACCAGGGCGUGACCAAGGUGUGACACCGCGCAGCUCUCUCACACUGCCGACCCCCCGGAGCCCCGGCCCGCGGCGCCCCCCGCGCCCUCAGAGCGGGUCGCCAUCAACGUCAACCUCGACCGCACCAAAUCCGAAGACCACGCCGAACCUGACCUCUGUUACGUGCGCAACUCCUCAUUCCUGAGUCGCGA